AUGGCAGCGGUUUUAAAAAAAAGAGCUUUAGCUGAAUAUAACAAAUCAUUUCAGGAUGGGCCCUCUUCAAAGAAAUUGCAUUUAGUAAAGAAACCUUUAAUAGGCAGUUCUGCUGCAGCAUUUGUUGGGUUAUUAGAGAAAUGUAAAUCAAGCGAUGAGGCUUUGCAAUUGUUGCUGCGGAUAUCAGACUGUCUCCAAUUUCAAGAAUCAGAUGUGGAAGAAGCUAUUAAAAAGCUAUCAGAACAUUUUCAAAGUCAAGAAGAAUCUGUAGUAAGGGUGAAGAUACUGUGGUUGUUCUGUGAUAUAGGAUUAGAGUGCCCUGGAGCUAAUUUAAAUAAUUUAAUUGAUGAAACCACACAUUUAAUUAAGAAUGAAACUUCACAUAAGGUUAUAGCUCAAGGCAUAGCAACAUUACUUAAGUUAGGUAGCAAGCUGAGUGAUGAUAAAAUUCUUAUGAUGAGACUGGUAACAGUUGCUAAAGACAAUCUUAAGGAUACCAGUCAUCAAGUAAAAUGCCGCUGUUUACAACUUAUAAGUGAGCUGUAUCCAAUAUGUCCUGAACCAGAUAGAACAACAGAAAUGAUAAAUGAAGCAAAUACAAUUGUUAAAUUACUUGGAGACUAUAGCAAUGCUGAGGAUGCUAGGGUUCGUUGUGAAGCUUUCCAAUCUUUACUAACAUUACAUGAACGUGGUCUCACACUCAGCGCAGAUUUGUAUGACCCAGUAUGUGCUGCACUCUCAGAUGAUUAUGAGAUAGUCAGGGAGGUGGCACUAAAACUUGUGUGGUUGUUGGGAAAUAAAUAUCCAGAGAACACAGCAACAUUACAAGAUGGUGAAACAACAAUACGCCUAGUGGACGAUGCGUUCAUACGCAUCUGUUCUGCGGUCAAUGACCUUUGCAUGCAGGUGAGAGCGCUGGCCUGCUCUCUACUGGGCACCACUCGAGCUGUCUCUGACAGGUUCCUGCUACAGACCCUGGAUAAACAGCUGAUGAGUAAUAUGAAGAAAAAGCGUACAGCCCACGAGCGAGGCGCGGAGCUGGUACGGUCGGGCGCGUGGGCGAGCGGGCGGCGCUGGGCGGACGACGCGCCCGGCCAGCUCAUAGAGCAGGCGUCCGUGCAGCUGCUGCCGGGCGGGGCCGCCGGCGCCUUCGUGCACGGUCUCGAGGACGAGUUUUUGGAGGUCCGUACAGCGGCAGUUGAGGCUGUUUGUCAACUGUCGAUGGAAAAUCCAGUUUUCGCUACAACAUCCCUCGAUUUCCUUGUGGACAUGUUCAACGAUGAAAUAGAAGAUGUGAGGUUGAGAGCCAUUGAUAGUUUGACCAGAAUAUCGCACCAUAUCAUACUCAGAGAAGAUCAGUUGGAAAUCAUUUUAGGAGCGCUCGAGGAUUAUUCAAUGGACGUCAGAGAAGGCUUGCACAGAAUGUUGGGCUCCUGUACUGUGGCAUCUAAAACGUGCCUUGAAAUGUGCAUUGAUAAAAUUCUGGAGAAUCUCAAGCGAUAUCCACAGGAUAAAAGAUCGACAUUUCGAUGCGUGCAGCAAAUGGGCAGCAAACACGCGACCCUGGUGCUGCCGCUCACGACGCGCCUCCUCGCCGUGCACCCGUUCUUCGACAUGCCCGAGCCAGACGUUGAAGAUCCAGCUUACAUGUGCGUCCUAAUUCUGGUGCUGAACGCGGCGCAGCACUGCACCACCAUGCUGCCGCUGUUCGAGGAGCACACCGUCAAGCACUACACUUAUCUGAGGGACACCAUGCCGCAUCUGGUGCCUUAUCUGCCUAUUGGUGACACACAACAGUCGAGAUGCGAGAGGAGCGAGGCGGAGAUAGACGACAGCGCGGUGCGGCGCUUCUUCGACGUGGUGCUGCAGCACAUCGACAACACCGCGCUCUCCACCGCCGUGCGUCUCAAGAUGCUGCACUCUGCUGAGGAACAACUCAACAAGCUGGCGGAGAUGGAGCCGCUGGUGGCGGGCGCGGCCAACUUCACGGCGCUGUUCGCGCGCUGCGUGCUGGCGCUGCACAGCGCGCUGGGCGCCGCCGCCGGCCCGCCCGCGCACGCGCUGCACCAGCUCACGACUGAUUGUCUCAGAUUACAACACCAGUUCAGCGGUGUGACGGAGCAAGAGAACGCGUGCGUGUGGCAGCUGGCGCUGCGCGUGUGCGGCACGCGGCUGGUGGCGGCGGCGCAGCGCGCGGCGGCGGCGCGCGCCGGCGCCGGCCUCGCGCCCGCCGCGCCGCCGCCGCCCGCCGCGCUCUCCGCCGCCGCCGCGCUCACGCACCACGCCGAGGUGCUCGACCGCCUGCUCGCGUCCGCAGGCGUGGAACCAGAUCCAUUCACAAUAGCAGUGUUCCAGCAACUGUCCCAGAGCGGGGAUCACAAGCCGUCGGCGCUGGCUCGCGCGAUGCAGCCCUUGCUGUUGUCGGCACCACUCCCUGUUAUACCUAAGCCUAAUCUAAAGAUCCGGAUGUGCUCAGCUCGCAUCAUCGAGCCGGCCACGGACAACGACACGGUGCUGCGGUUCUGCGCGGGCCUCAUCACGGGCGUGGCGCUGGAGGCGGAGGUGGCGCGCGUGCGCGACCCCGCCGCGCUGCGCGUGCGCGUGGCCUACCCCGACACGCGCGUGCACGCGCUCGUGCCGCCGCGCGACCACCUGCGCCGGCUGGACCACACCGAUACCAACGACGACGGCACACAAAAUGUGAGACUCCUAACAAAAGUCCUCAUAUCGCAUGGUGUUUGGACUGAACCGUGUGGUGUGGACAUAUCAGUAUGUCUAGCGGUUGAAGAGGGUGGUGGUCGUGAUGCAGCUCCUCUAGUGGAAUUGUGUCGACCUGUUCGUGUCACUGUUGCUCCUAAACCUAUCAAACGAGGAAUA